CAGGACGCGAAGCUGGUGCCGCUCGUCGCCCACGCCCAGCGCGUGGCCUCCGUGCAGUUCCAGCAGGACCUCAUAGGCAGGGUCAGCAAGCGGAGCGGGCUGCGGCUGACGCUCCUGUCCGAGGGCGGGAAGAAGGUCAAGACCGUCCUUGGCUACACCGUCUACCGCUUCCGGCCGCGCGUCAUGGUUGUCCUGCAGGUCGGCGUCGCCAGCGAGCACAGGGGCCAGGGUUGCCGCAAGCAGCUGGCGAAGUGGCUGGUCAGGCACGCGAAGCAGGCCAGCAUGGAGAUGGUCUUGGUUAACAGCCCCAGAGAGAUGGUCCAGUUCUACCAGCAGUGCGGCUUCCGCCCGCGCCCCGCGGGCGACGCUGAGCAGGACGAGGAGCGCGAGAACCCAGGUCAUGCUGGAGUACCGGCUCCGCAAGCCGGCGCCGAAGGCGCCGAAGGUGCCCGCUGCGUCCGCGUCCAUGUCGCGCGCCGGCCUCUCGCGGAAGCUCUUCGAGCUGUGCGACCUGGACGGCGACGGCGCGCUGAGCGCCCAGGAGAUGGAGCGCUUCGCGCGGCUGACCGGCUUCGACGGGCCGAGCGAGGACUGGGAGAGCGAGUACAAGGAGCUGUGUGCCGACAACUCCAGGACCGAGCGUCGCGCAGGGCGUGGACGCGCCCCUCUUGCUGCAGCUCGUGGACGACGACUCUGAAGGAGGAGGCUGCUACUGCACGGACGACGAGCUGCGGGAGAUGGUGGCCACGCUGGACCGAGGCGGAGGCGCGGGCGCGGGCCCCCGCGGCGUCCUCCGUGCCCGCCUCCGCGCCGCCGCCACGGAUCGACCUCAUCAGCGCGGUCUUCCAGGCCUGCGACCGUGACCGCGACCGGCGUCUCAACCUGCAGGACCACCGAGCUGCGCGCCUUCGCGACGCAGACGGGCUUCGAGGGCGACGACGCCGAGUGGGAGGAGGAGUACCUUCUGCUAUGUCCCGAAGGCGGCGGGGUGAGCUUCGACAGGUUUGUGGAGCUGGUUAACGACGAGUCGGAUGACGGCUGCCACUGCACCGACGAGGAGCCUGCGGGACAUGCUGCCCGUGCUGCGGGCCGCCGCCGCGGCGGCGGCGCCGGCCCCGCCGGCCCCGCCGCCGCGGGAGGCGCGCGGCCUCGUGCC